AUGAAGGACCUCGGGAUUGCUUCAGGGCAGAGUCCCACAACACUUGAGCCCAUGCUGGAGCUCGAGCUUACAUCGGAACCUGAGCCCCCACUGGAGCCAGAGUUCAAACCAGAGACCAGGGCGGAGAAACCAUUAGAGCCACUGGCUUUAGAGGCAACUUCGACGGAACAUAACCCGAACGGUGAAUCAUCUGAACCAGAAUUGGAUCCUGAACUUUUAGAAGCCUUCGGUGAGUCCACCAGCGAUACCCCAGAGUUUUGA